CAUCAACAUAGCAGCAGGCGUACAGCGCAGACUUUGCUGUUUUGUUGCGUUUGUGGUCGCGUAUAAAGAGUUUUAAAAACACUUUUCUUUGUGUGUAUUGUUUUUAAAUAUUAAAAAUACUAGCGAAUAAUCUUCAAAAUCAAAAUUGUGUUGGCUGUGAGCUGAAAUUGCGGUGUGAAGAUCAAUUAUUCUCGUGAUCGCUACGAUCGGAAGAAGUGUUGGUUGGUGUUAGAGAAGCGGUUGAACAUUGCACCAAUACUGAUUCAUACUUGUGAAUUUGACGGUGUGCGUAAGGGUUUUACGGUGUAAGAGAGUUGUUUGUUUACAUUUUCUGGAGCAUAUUUAUCAACGAAAAACGGCUGAAAACCAUUUCUUGACUCGAUCAUUGCGCGAUCUAUGAUUGUCUCGCUAUACUAGUAAUUACUAAGUAAUUUGUUUUUCUUCCAUCGAUCGGCGGAAAAAUACGUCGUGUAAAGCAUUUUGAAUGAAAUACGAAAUCAGUUAUCAUAGUGAUUCCGAGACGAUGGGAAGUCGAGCGCAGUCUGUUAUAUGCGACAAAGUCCUGGCUGGGCUUCCCCAGUUGUUGGAUGAUUUGCAAAAGCUUUCAGAAGAUCAAGAUACGGCCGAUAUUGUAUUUGUGCUAGGAACGGGCGAAGAACGGGUCUAUGCACAUCGUAUCAUUCUCAUGGCACGGUGUAAAUCGUUUCAGAAUACAAAACGAGGUGAGAUAUGUCGUAUACCAGGGUGCACUGUGUCCACCUCUGCUCCCGGUACACCAACGCCUAUUAGGUUGCCUCAUAUCGAACCGGACAUUUUUCGUCAGUUUAUCCUCUAUGUUUACACCGCAAAGAUAAUGUUGCAGGAUUCUAAAGUAUUUGAAAUGAUGACGUUAGCCCAGGAUAUGGGGGUAGAGGAGCUAAAGAUCGCAUGUGAGGAUCACGUCAGUAAAACCAUGUCCGUUGCAAAUGCGUGCACAUUUUUAACGGCUGUAAUGGAAAUCAAGGAAAAGGCUUGUGGUGCCAAAUGUGCCGCAUCGUUCCUAGAUAAAUGCAUCACAUACAUAGCUGAGAAUGCAUCGGAGUGCGUCAAAACGAAUGCAUUUCUGAACCUGACUAAAGAAGGAUUGAUUCAAGUAAUCUCGUAUGACAAUCUGGGACUAGAGGAGGAAGACGUUUGGCGUUGUGUGCUGGCCUGGGCGAAGAAUCAAGCCGGAGUGACCCAGCCCACUGCUCACUGGACGGAGGAAGAAAGACAACGCGUGUGCCAAUAUUUGGCACCGGUAAUUUCACACGUACGGUUGUUCCUAAUCGACAGUCAGGUAUUUGCUGAAGAGGUGGAACCUACCGGUGCCGUGCCGAUAGAGCUAUCGCUUGAAAGAUAUCGUAGAGCUGCCCUGCACUCCAACAAGUUGCCCACAGCAGCUGCCUCUGCAGUGCCUGUGCCGACCGGACCGUUAACCGAAAAUGAUAAACGAUUGCAGCCACGUUUAAUGCUGAAUCUGUUCCAUGGGUCCGCUAUAUUAAAAAACGAUAAAAUCCAUUUCCAAGGUACCCUGAACGGUUGGUUCGGGGCAGCAAAGCAAACGUGGCGUAUGGUGUACCGUGCCUCGACAAACGGAUUCGCCGCAUCCGCAUUCCAUCGUCAUUGCGAUGGAGUAGCACCACUGUUUAUAAUUGCUUUGAGUUCUAAUGGAGCCAUCAGUGGGGGAUUUACGGACAUUGCGUUUGCCAAAACGAACCGGAAGGGAGGAUAUUUACAUUCAGAAAAAGCGUUCCUGUUCGCGCUGAACUACAACAACGAACCACCGACAAAGUUCGAUAUAGUGAAGAAACCGUACGCUAUUUGCUAUCAUCCAGACUGUGGACCUAUAUUCGGGGCUGGAGCCGAUUUAUUAAUCUCGAAUAAUUGUAACGUAAAUAUGGAGUCGUAUUCAAAUUUUCCUCACUCGUAUGACGGUCCGAAUUCGUAUGCAUUUGGACAUUUAUUUGGUGAUUAUAACUUUACUAUAAUUGAUUAUGAAGUAUUUACGCUAGCACCGGCAACUGUUCCGGCAGGAAACAAACUGAAACACGAACGAUAUCCUUGAAAGAUAUAGAGGAAGAUGAAGACAGAAACAGGCAGAGAGAAACAGUGAGAGCGUGUAUAACAUCAGUUACGCUACAUUUACUUAUUUUUACUUUACACUUACGUUCUUGCUGUAUGUUGUAUGUUGUAACACACAUCAUAGAUAGCUAAUCUGACUAUCGAUCAUGACACUUACAUCCUUUUAAGUUCUUGUGUAAUUGUUUUAGAAAAUAGUUCUAAUCAAAUUUUCCCUUUAGAGAAUUUGAUUUAAUCAUAAAAUCUUUGUGUUGUGUUAAGAAUUAUGUUGUUUAAGCAUGUAUUUUCUGUGCAAUAAUUUAAAUUGGAGAACGGAAUAUUGCUCAAUACAUGUUAUAAAGAUAAAGCCUUCAUGCAUUCAUUAAACACCAGCACAUUGAUCAUACAUUUAAAUUUGAGUAGCAAUCUUUUCUAUUUGAGUUGUAUCGUUCGCUAGUAUUUUUACUCUGACUAUACAAUUGACAAUUGAUAUUCAUAUAAGAUAUAUAAGAAAGCACUGGAUAAGUUAAAAUAUUAUAGCGAUUCCGAACAGUUCUGUUAGAGUGACAUGGGUUAGAAAGAAUUUAGACCCUUUUUUAAACGAGGAUUUCAUUUUCGUCAGAAACAUUAACUCAAGCUUGUAAGAACACAAAUAAAUGGUAAUUUGAAUGAUAGAUGUGUUUUUCUAUAAUCUAAAAUAUGAAAUAAAUAAAUAAAAAUAUAAAUAAAUAAAUGAUGGAUAAUUGCUGUGGCGCGUUGUAUCAUGUAUGAUUUUAAUAGCUUUACAUUACACUAUCAACUAUGAAAGAUGAUAAGUUCUAAGCUCGUAGUUCAACAUUUGUGCAGUUGCUUGGGAAUAAUGUUUAUCGCUACAAAAUCGCACGUAAUGUGUUUUACUAAUGUGUUACUAAUGUGUUAUGUAUUUUGGAUAGUUAAUGGUACUUAAUAAGGGAGGUUCUAUUAACAUGGCUUAUUCAAUAUAAGAAAUAUAAUUCAUAAUUUUGGAAUGAGGAAUGCUAAGUUUCACCGUAAUUGAUUUGCUUUUGGAAUUUUGAAUCUUCUUAUAAAUACUGUGCUUGUUUCAUCUACAUAAUUAUGCCUCAAAAUCUAUUAAGCAAAAUGAUUUGUAAGGUUGAGAGAUUAAAUACUUAGCUUCGAUUGCUAUAAUGCGUAUAAAAAUGUUUUUAAAAGAAUGAUUUGAAUUAUCUCAAUCACAAUGUUCAAUGUUAAUCUAUAAUACGUAAUGUUGUAUAAAUAAGACUGUCUAAUGCUGCACUCAGACGUCCGAGAGCGAAGUUCUUGUGUAAAGAGUCUCUACGUAGCCAGGACUGCAAAACCGGUAUGAUCGAGUAGUUUGUAAAGCAAAGGUAUAGAAUUUUUAUAUAAAUUAAUUGGCACACUCAGUUGUUUAAUUAUUUUUGAGUUAAAAUUAAAAUUUAAUAAAAAAAUUUAAAUUUCAUCUUAGCAUGAAAUCCUAAAUAUGCAAUGUUUAUCUCAAUUUCGCCUUAUGCAGCAGAGCCCACGACACGCUCUAACCUGCCGUUUAGUUUGUGUAGUUCAUUUAUCCGACUGAUUGUUUAAAUGCCGCUAAAAAGCAGCAUUCAUAUGUAGAAGGUAGUAUGCGAUCAUCUGCGAUAAUUUCUUAAUUUUUUUUUAAGAGAUAAGAAUAUGACCAAAUUGCCAGAGCAAAUCAAAUACGGUGAAACCGAUUAUGAAGCGAAU